AUCAGCAUGCGUUCCCACUGGUAUUUCCCUAGUCCUUUGUCGCCGCUUUAAGAAAAGUCUAAUGCGGUUCUAUGACCGGAAGGUGGCGCUGGUUAACCAAGGCUGGAUGCUAACACACCGGGCUCCGGAGUCGGAAGUUCCCCGAGGACGGAGACGCAGAGACCGGAAUGAGGAGAUAAGAGAGAAUGUCGUCCGAUCACCUGGAGGAGCUACGGCGCCUGAAUAAGUCUCUGCUGGAGAAGCUGAAUAUAAACCGCCAUGAACUCGAGAAGCAGCUAUUCACUGACAGCAAGGUCCACGGCAUGACCACCAGUGACCCAUCCAGGACCUGGAAACCAAAAACGACAUCGGUUGGACCGGAGGAGGUUCUGAGAAGUCAGGAUCCAGCCCUGCGGACCACACAAGGGUCAUCAUCCGCUGCCAGGAGAGCACUGAGCACCCCCAGAACAUCCCUCCCCACAAGAUCUGCUCAUCAUGUGACACUGGGGGGCACUGGGCACGGGGUCCGCUCCUCUCAGGAUGUUAUAAGGAUAAAUUCUCCAGUGAAACGAGUCUCCGUCCUCAAUUCUACAAUGAUCAACCCCCAAUCUGACCCUACCAGAGGCUCCAGGGAUUUCCCCCCUCAGUAUAUCGACCGGUUAGAGGAUGACGGGAACCUGAGAACCAAAGAACCCAGAACCCCAAAAUCUAUUCUCCUGACACCGAACCGGAGCUCCAAGAGAGAUACGGGGCGUGUCACGUUUUUGUGCGAUGGGGAAUCCCCCCGCCUGGAGACAGGGUGGUCUGCAUGCCCACUGCUGGGCUAUGAUUGGAUAGCAGGACUCCUGGAAGUAAAGUCCCCCAUCACAAAUAAAUCCGACCAGUUUUUCUCAGAGAUCAGUGAAUUCCGCCGCGUCAACCGCGAGGAUUGCGCACACGACUUUUUUACUGAAUCUGAGGCACGGGACUCUUCGGUAGAAGACCUGGACCUCUCAUUGGACACUCAUCAGUGUGUAUACUGCUACCGAGUGAACCAGCGACUGUUCACAUCACCUGUGGGUGCAGAACCCGCAUGUCCUGUAUGUAAGAAGCGCAGGGGCAGACGACAUGUAUCCUUAGAAGAGCCGGCGUUUAUACGGGUGAGCAUCCCCCGGAGCACCCUGCUCCCACCUUACAAAUACAGAGCCCACAGAAGAAAAAGCUUCGACCCUACAGACAGCCUGGCCUUGCCCUCACAUUGUUUAGCUGGAUGGGAAAAUACUGUGCCGUCCUGUGACCUCAAAGUCUCCAGUCUGGACCUGAAGACCUCCAUGGAGCCAAACCUGGUGACUCCAACCACAACUGUCAAUGUGAACAACGACAGUACUUCUUACUACGCUACAAGGGCCAUAUCUGACAAUCUGCUGAACCUGUCCCGCUCCAUCACCUUCCAUCACCAGAACAUUAAGUAAAGUCCAAGACGGAAGGAAACCCAGGAAGACUCCAAGCCGGCCUCUUCUUCCUGUACUUGCUGCAUUAUCGACGGACGGAAAGUGAGAGCCGCCCAAUCCAGACAAGUUCUGCAACUUUUCUAAUAGACUUUAACUAAGACUGAAGCUUCGCACGACCGCUUAAAGGGAAUGUGUCAGAAAAGGAAAAAUAAAAUGACCCAUCAUUUAAGUAAAGUUUUUAUGUUAACCAUAUUUUUCAUAAAUUUUUUGUGAUGAUUUUUCCAUUUUAAUAUAAUAUAUAAUUUUUUUUUUUUUUACAAUGUCUAUAUUUUAAAAUAAUCCUGAAAUGAUGCAGUUUUUAUUCUGUCCACUAGGGCUAAAACUAAGCUGAGACUUCCUGUUUUGUACAGAUCAUAUCCUAGUAUAAUGCCUUUCUUCUCUGCAGUACAGUGUACGGUGACACCAGUAGAUAACAUUGUCCACCACCAUUCGCAACAGAGAUCAGCAUUUUCCUCCUUGUGUAUAGAUAACACUGGAUCCACCACCAUUCAGAUCAUAGAUCAGCUGCCUCCUCUCUGUAGAAUGACCUCUGUAAAGGUCACAGAGAAUGCCCAGUAAGUUCUCCAAUUCAUCUGAAUAGGACAGCUCCUGUGUAUUAUGGUCUAUAUAUGUCAAUGGGUCCUGCCUUAAAGGAUAUCUCCUCUAAAUAGUGUUAAAAACAGCUCAAGCAAGAUGGCAGCCCCUAUAAUAAUGUGCAAAAAAGAAUUAAAAAAAUAAUAGUGAUCAAAUUUGUGCCAUUUUCGGGAUUUCUUAAUAAAUUUGCAG